AUGGCAAAUGCAAUAGAUCAGUCAAGGAUCUCUAUCCGCCCAUUCAAAGAAGAUGGCAUCGAAGAUGUGUUGUUGUGGUUAGGCGAUGAUAGAGUCGUUAAAAAUACACGAUUAGAGAUGUGUAAUUCAAGAGAGGAAGCUUUGAAUUUCAUAAAAAAUGAAUGGAUUUACCCAUCAUACCAAUCAAUAUGUCUUGAUGAUCACUCCAUUGGAGUUUUUUGGAUUCUUUCUUAUAAUGAUUGGAAGCAUAGUGCAAAUUUGGGUUAUGCUAUUGGGUUCAACUAUUGGGGUCAAGGUAUAGUCACCAAAGCAUUGAAGAUUCUUUUGUCUAAAAUGUUUCAAAAAUUUCCCGGUUUGGUAAGGUUGGAGGCUUAUACUGUUGUGGAGAAUAAGGCUUCUCAAAGAGUGUUGGAAAAAGUUGGGUUCCAUAGAGAAGGAUUGCUAAGAAAGUAUGUAAAUCACAAAGGGUGUAUUGCGGAUUUAUAUAUUUUUUAGUUUUUUGUCUACUGAUGAAAUUUCUGGUGAUGUUGUUUGAUUUUGUUAUUGGCUGUAAUAUGUAAUAGAAAGAUGUUUCACUUUCUCUCUAAAUUUUCUCAUCUUUAUUGAUUGGAGAUUGGUAGUUUUAAUAAAGUCAUCUUUUUAGUCUAGAAUUACUCAUUUGUAUUGUUUUAUU